AUGCUUCUUUAUUGUGGCCGAAUAGUCCACUCAAGAGUAACCGCUGGCACCUUAAGUAAAACAGCGAAAAACAUUCCAACUCAGUUAGCCACUCUUUUUUCCAUAAAUAAUGCUACUAACGUAUCUUUACAUUCUUCAAAAACCGGUUUUUGUACCAAUUUACAUGCUAGAUAUGUAUCAAAACCACCUAUAAAACUUUCAGCAGCAAAUUAUUUUCAACAAAGAUGGCACCAGAUAAUACAUAGGCAUGAGCACGGAGGAGAAGACCACGCUCAUUCCCAUUCGCGUUUGGCGUUUGCAUUAUCUGACACGCGUAGGCGCGGAACACGAAUUACUUUGAUUGGAUUGGGCGCGAAUGUUGGAUUGGCAGUAGCAAAAGGGUUGGCUGGAUGGCUUAUGCAUUCAGCCUCUUUGGUCGCGGAUGCUUUCCAUUCUUUGAGUGAUCUCGCGAGUGAUUUUGUGACAUUAUACACAUUUCGCACCUCUAGAAAACCAGCGGAUGAACGCCAUCCUUAUGGCUAUGGUAAAUACGAAACCGUAGGUUCACUGGCUGUCUCUUCACUGCUGAUUUUGGGCGCGGUUGGAAUUGGACACCACUCUUACGAAUUACUGAUGAAUGUUAUAAACUUAAAUAUUCCAAAUAAUGUCUCUGAAAUUGCUCAAAAUAUUGCAUCUGCACCUAUCCACGAAAAUUCAAAAUUAAAUCCGAAUGCUGCAUGGUUUGCUGCAGCAUCAGUGGUAGUUAACGAAGCGUUAUAUAGAACAACAUUAAAAAUAGGUAUUGAAGAAAGGUCAGAUGUCUUGGUAGCAAAUGCCUGGCAUCAUCGAAGUGAUGCGGCUUCUAGUUUUGUCGCUUUGGGUGCAAUCGGCGGGAGUUAUCUAGGAUUCCCACUUCUGGAUCCAAUAGGUGGAAUGCUUGUAGCAGGUAUGAUCAUGAAAAAUGGUAUAGAGACCAUGCUCGUAUCAUUAAGAGAAUUAGUGGAUGUUCGAGUCGAAGAGGAUAUAAUUAAAAAAGUAGAGGAACCGAAUGUUGUAAAUUUUCACUCUAUACGUGGCCGUAAAUCCGGUCCAUUUCAUAUGGUAGAUAUGAUACUUCAGGUUCCUGGCAAUAUAAGUGUUUCGCGUGCUCACCAAAUUGAGGAACAGGUUCGAAAAGCUGUUAAAGAAGAAUGCGAAAGUCUCUCCAAUCUAUUCGACUUGGAACACUUCAAAAUACGUUACUCUGAUGAGGACGCUGAUGCAAUAACAGUUGAAAAUGACCUUGAUUUGAUGGAGGCAGUUAACCACUUAUCAAGCUUAAGUCGCAAUCAGGAUAAGCUUGUUGUCCGACUGUUCUUGGAGAAGACCAAUCUUCCUAUUAUUCCGACUCCUACUGAAACACCCAUAACAAGAAAAGCAAGUACAGCAUCUACUGCAAAGUCGGCCGCAACAAAGUCGACCCGUGCUAAUGAGACCAAUAAAAAUAAUAUCGCCUCCUCUUCAAAAGAAGCCUCGUCGAAUGUUGUUGAGGAGCCAACCACCAGCACCGUUGAAAAAAUUGAUGAUCAAAUCGAACGAGUGGUUAACACCAGUUUCAAAAAUCUGCAAACGAUGGUCCAAAACAUGGUCUCACAAAUUAGUAGUUCAUUAGAACGCGACCUCUCUAUGAGCAUAUCCAAUUUAAAUACGAUCACUGCUGUACCGCGCGAGCAAAUUAAAGAUGAAUCCCAAUCGCAGCAAUCAAAUAAAACCGACACUAACACUAAAAAUAACAAAAAAGAUGAUAAAAAGGAUAAUGAAAUUGGUAGUAGUACCUCGAAACCAACUGAAACACAACAGAUUUCCCGUUUCGUUCCGAACUCAUCGACAGAACCUGUUGUCCAUCAUGGAAUAAUUUGUGAUUGUUGCCAUCAAACAAUCCAAGGAAUGCGGUGGAAAUGUCAAACAUGUCCAAAUUUCGAUUUGUGCCAAGUGUGUAAAUCUAAAGCUCCUAGUGUUCAUCGCCACCCAAGCAGUCACAAUUUCCGUCCAAUUCCAUAUCCGUCUCAUGUCUCUAAAACUCAAUCCACUUCAAAUCUACAUUCCGCAAUUUGUGAUUAUUGCGAGUCGGUAAUAUUUGGAAUUCGACAUAAAUGUAUAAAUUGUCCUGAUUUUGAUCUUUGCAGUAACUGCAUUUCUCUUGCACCUAUGCAACAUCCAAAUCAUACCUUUAUGCCAAUCCAUCGACCAGGUGAACCUGAAAUAAAGAUACCGGAUGCUAUCAAUCAUCCUGGUAUUCGUUGCGAUGGAUGCAGCAAGGCGAUUAAUGGUGUUCGAUAUAAGUGUGGUAACUGUCCAGACUUUGAUCUCUGUGGUAACUGUGAAGCCUCUCCGUUGAAUAAACAUGAUGAGAAUCAUGUGUUCAUCAAAAUCAAGAAACCAGUCAUUAUUCCAAUUUCUUCACGCGAACCAUUACUUCAGAACUUUUAUUCAGGUUCUGAUCUAAAGUCACCUAGGACAAAAAGUUUGACCACUUUGGCCGAAAUUUCAAACAAGUCAAAAUCCCAAGAAGAAAUUCAACAAGCCGCGCCAUCCUCAUCAGUUGUGACUUCCCAAAAAACAGCCCAAUCAGCACCAGCACCUCAAUCUAAACAAACAGUUCCAUCUUCAUCAGUCCCCACAUCGCCAAAAGUGACCCAACCUUUGGCAGUCUCUCAAUCACAAAAAGUAGUUCCAUCUUCAUCGUCUCCUGUUCCUCAAUCUCAAAAAGUCCCAUCUUCAUCGACUUCCACAUCUCCAAAAGUGACCCAACCUUUGGCAGUUUCUCAAUCACAAAAAGCAGCCCCAUCUUCAUCGACUUCCACAUCUCAAAGAGUGACCCAACCUUCAUCAGUUUCUCAAUCCCAAAAAACAGCUUCAAUUUCAUCGGCUCCUGCAUCCCAAAAAGCAGCAUCAUCUUCAACAGUCUCAUCUCAAAAAUCUCUUUCAUCAGUCUCAUCUCAAAAAUCUCUUUCAUCAGUCUCGUCUCAAAAAUCAGCUUUAUCUGCAAUGCGGGAAAUUAACACUUUGAAAAAGGAAGAAAGAUCAUUUUUCAAAACAUCAAGCCGAAAAUCUAGCUCGCAAUCUUCUGAAAAAACUGAGCCAAUGAUUAGCAGAGCGCCAACUGCUCUCUAUGAACCAUCGACUGUUUUGCCACCAUCACCUAUUUUUUAUCGUACGCAAUCCUCUUCAUCCUCAUCUCUCAGCAGUCGUCCCACAAAAGAAGUCGAGAAAACCGAGAAAGUGCCGGAGCUUGAAAAAGCUGUGGAACCUAAAGCUAACCUUGCUCUCCGUGCUAGCUUCAUAGAAGAUGUCAAUGUUCCUGAUGGAACUGUUUUACCGUCGCAAGCUCAAUUUUUGAAAAUUUGGAAAAUGACGAAUGAUGGAGAUGUUACCUGGCCAGCAACCACAGCAUUGCAAUUCGUAGGUGGACAAGAGAUGUUUAACGAAGCUCAUUUGAAAUCAGAACAAAAACAAAAUGUUCCUCAAUUCAAAGUCGGUCCUCUCGAACCAAAUAAAACUGUUUGCAUUACGGCUGACCUUCAAGCCCCUGCAGAACCUGGUCGAUAUGUCUCUUAUUGGCGUUUGACGGACGGUCUAGGAGUAGGAAAUCGCUUCGGCCAUCGUGUCUGGUGUGACAUUAUUGUCGAAGCUGCUGAUCAACAAUCAAGCAUGUCUUCUUCCAUGAUAUUUCCUAUCUUGACUUACGAUCAACAAUCAAUUUCAAUUGAUCAACUCUCAGUUUCCGAAUCUACUACUCAAUCAGUGCCUGCCUCGAUCCAAACCUCUGUACGUACAUCGGACGUCGAAAGACUUGUAGAAGCCGACGAAGAUCCUUUCCAAGAUCCCGCAGACGAUUUCAUUGUUGUUGACAAAUAUGAAAAAUAUUUUGAAGCAGAGAGAUCUUACCUUAAUGAUACCGAAACAGCUUCAUCAAUGGCCGCUUCUGUUGAAGAGAACAAUUCGGUCGUUGAUCACAAUUCAGUCGUUGAAUUGCAAAAUUUGGCCGAAAUGGUAUGA